AUGAUCACAGAUUUUCUCUUCUUGCUUUGCCUCGGUCUAUGUCUGGGCUACGAAGAUGAAAAAAAGAACGAGAAACUUCCCAAGCCCUCCCUCAGUGCCUGGCCCAGCUCAGUGGUUGAACGCAAGAGCAAUGUGACUCUGAAGUGCCAGUCUCAUUUCCAGAAUGUGACAUUCAUGCUGGGGACAUUGCAUGACUCUAGGUACAAGCAAGAGCAGAACUCAGCAGAAAACAAAGCUGAAUUCCCCCUCACUGACCUGGAGCCUAAGGAUGCUGGGAAGUACUUUUGUGCCUACAAGACAACAGCCUCUCAGGAGUGGUCAGAAAAGAGUGAACACUUACAGCUGGUGGUUACAGAUAAACAUGACGGACCUGGAGCUCCCUCAACGCAACUAGAGACCAGAAUCAUCCCUGUUACCAUCUUGAGCUGCCUCUCCAUCUUUCUCCUCUUCUUCUCAGUCUUCUUCAUCUACAGAUGCACUCAGCGUGGUUCAUCACAUGAAGAAUCGAGCAAGAGAGCCAGCCAUUCCAAAUUUUCCAAGCAGGAGGAUACAGUCAAGACCAUCACCCUCCCUGAAGCACAGCCGUUCUACGAUGGUGCAGCUGAAGACCCCAAGGGAGUGACGUGUACUGAGCUGAACACCAAUGCACCGUUUGAGGCAGCUUCUGUUCCCACUGAGGACCCCCCAGGAUCCUGUGAAUGUGCAACACUGAAAGUGUAGAAAGUGGAUAGUGAGAACUACUGGAGAAAGAUGGAUUAAGAUGGUUCAGGUGAUUGGAACUAUGGAAAUACAGAUGACUCUGUGUUCUUCACUCCUAAUCCAUAUCGAUUAUGUUUCUCAUCUUAAAAAUAUCUGACUUACUUAUGGGUUAUCUGUGCCCAAGAAUCCCACCGCACUGUCUCUACCCU